AUGUGCGCGGGUGGUGUGGUGGGCGCCUCAUUCCUGACCACCACAUGCCAACACCCGGCGUCCCUUAUGGGGCUUAGGUUGGCCACCAAGUUAAGGGUCACCUGGUGUACGCUCAUGUAUAAAAAGGCAAUAAAACUAAAGCCGUCGGCGUUUGGCGAGACAACAGUCGGACAGAUACUGAACUUAAUGUCCAACGAUGUCAGCAGAUUUGAUGCGUGCAUAAUCGGUAUAUACAUUUGCUACCUGUAUAUCGGUUGGGUAUCAUUCAUAGGACUGGUCAUACUAUUGCUGUUCAUACCGUUUAACAGUAUUAUAUCACGUAUAUUUUUAGCUAUUAGGACAAAAGUGGCCACACUUUCGGAUAAUAGGAUACGUUUGAUGAGUGAAAUCAUUAGAGGUAUCCGAGUCAUCAAAAUGUAUGCCUGGGAACGACACUUCGCUAAUAUGCUAUCGGAAGCCAGGAGUAAGGAGAUGACCCAGAUCAAAUGGGCCACACUAUUAAAGGGCGUCAACUUUUCCAUCUCAUUAAUGGCCGCUCGGGUCAUACUGUUCACGAUAUUCAUAGUACACGUGUCGGCCGGACAUCACUUGGAGGCUGAGGGGGUGUUCGUAACGAUGGCUAUAUUCAAUACAUUGAGACAUACGAUGACCGGGCUAUUCCCCAUAGCAGUGUCGUACGGCUCCGAAUUGUAUGUCUCCUGCGGGAGGGUUCAGCGAUUUUUAUUGUUAGAAGAGAUUGAUGUGAAAGCCGUUGACUAUAAUAAAGAGAUUAUCCAUAAUAAUAAUGACUCGCAAAAUGAGUCCGGUGGUAAUCCCAACACCAUUCAAGUGGACAGUAUGUCCGCCAAAUGGAAUUCCGACUCAGACAUAGAAACUAUUAAAAACAUAUCGCUAUCUGUGAAACGCGGGGAACUGUUAGCAGUCAUUGGGCCGGUAGGUGCCGGAAAGAGCUCAUUCCUGAUGUCUCUGAUGAACGAGAUUGAAGUGACUGCCGGUGCUGUCGAUGUCACCGGCGAUAUAGCCUAUGCUUCACAGGAGUCGUGGACUUUCAACGCAAGUAUUUUACAGAAUAUUCUGUUUGGAAAGCCAUACGAUUCCCGCAAAUUCCGGGAAGUCAUGUCUGUCUGUGCGAUGGAAAGGGAUUUAAAACUAUUUCCAUUUGGAGAGAAAACAUUAGUCGGGGAAAGGGGUGUGUCAUUAAGUGGUGGGCAAAAGGCUAGACUUACAUUAGCACGUGCUCUCUAUAAUGACGCUGACAUCUACUUAUUGGACGACCCGUUAAGCGCCGUCGACUCGGAAGUGGCGAAACAUAUCUUUGAAAAAUGUAUCACAGAAUACCUGAAAACAAAAACCGUUGUAUUAGUGACACAUCAAAUCCAUUUCAUCAAAAAAGCCACAAAAAUACUUGUCCUCAAAGAGGGCCGACCCCUGGCUUUUGGAUCCUAUGACCAGUUGUGCGAAUCGGGCGUUGAUUUCAUAUCACUUAUCAGUGAAGAAAAGUCAGUGAAUGAGCAAAAAGUGGAGACAAUACAUGAAGACAUCCUAAAAAUUAACAGAAAGAGGACUAUUAGUACCCUAUCGUUGACCAAAACUGAAUCCGAUUCCGACUUAAAUGAUCCCAAAAUAGAUGAUGAGAGCAAAGCUACCGGUUCUGUACCCGGUCGGGUGUAUUGGGAUUACAUGAGGGCAGGGGCCGGUCCUUUCCUACUGACCACUACAAUACUGUCGACACUGGUAUCUCAGGCACUGUUUCAUUACAGCGAUAUAUGGCUGACGGACUGGACUAAUGCUGAGGACAGAAGGGAUAGGGAUGAGGAUUACGACCAAACAAAUAAUAUAAUCAUAUAUUCGGUGAUAAUAAUCGUCACAUUCACGACACUAAUCAUACGGUCGGCCACUUUCUUCCUCAUGUGUGUCAAGGCGUCCGUCAAACUACACAACAGUAUAUUCUUUAAGCUUAUGAGAGCACCGGUAGCUUUCUUCGACCACAACCCUGUCGGCCGAAUUCUGAACCGAUUCACGAAAGACGUCGGAAUAGUCGACGAACAGUUGCCCUCCUGUUUGUAUGACUUGAAUCUGAUCACCACCCAGAUCAUUGGUACGGUAGUAGUGGUGGCGCUGGUGAACUGGUACCUCACGUUUCCGGCAAUUCUUAUGAUUUUCUUGAUUCUGCAAAUUCGUUGGCUGUAUAUAAAAACCGGUAGAGAUCUCAAGCGAUUUGAAAACACAGUCCGGAGUCCACUGUACAACCACAUGACCACAACUCUCAACGGUUUGCCUACAAUCAGGGCGUUUAGGGCGGAAGACAUGUUUCAGCGCCAGUACUACCGCUAUCAGGACGACCACACGGCCACGUAUGUCAUGUGCUUCUGUAGCUCACGAGCACUUGGCGUAACUAUGGACUGGAUAUGUGUGAUGUAUAUUGGUUUAGUGGCACUGUUUCUAAUGAUAUUCCCCGAGGGACUUCCCGGAGGUUCGGCGGGUUUAGCCCUAACCAUGGCUAUCGGGAUGACUAACUCGACGCAGUGGGGGGUCCGGCAGUCGGCCGAAGUCGAGAACCAAAUGACUUCCGUCGAGCGGAUCGUCGAAUACAGUCGACUCGAAUCGGAGGCCCCACUCGAGACCCCAACCAAACCCCCACCAAAUUGGCCACAGGAGGGGGUCAUUGAGUUGAGGGGCGUAUCCCUAACCUACGAAAACUCCCCAAAACCCACGUUAAUAGACCUGAAUUGCGUGAUAAGAGGCGGCGAGAAGGUAGGGAUUGUCGGUCGUACGGGUGCCGGAAAGUCAUCGAUACUGUCGGCGCUGUUUCGUACGCACGAGUGCGAGGGGACUAUACUCCUCGACGGGGUCGACACCAAACAGAUAGGUCUACACGACUUGCGCCGUACAGUUGCCCUCCUGUUUGUUACCACCCAGAUCAUUGGUACGGUAGUAGUGGUGGCGCUGGUGAACUGGUACCUCACGUUUCCGGCAAUUCUUAUGAUUUUCUUGAUUCUGCAAAUUCGUUGGCUGUAUAUAAAAACCGGUAGAGAUCUCAAGCGAUUUGAAAAUACAGUCCGGAGUCCACUGUACAACCACAUGACUACAACGCUCAACGGUUUGCCUACAAUCAGGGCGUUUAGGGCGGAAGACAUGUUUCAGCGCCAGUACUACCGCUAUCAGGACGACCACACGGCCACGUAUGUCAUGUGCUUCUGUAGCGCACGAGCACUGGGCAUAACUAUGGACUGGAUAUGUGUGGUGUAUAUCGGUUUAGUGGCACUGUUUCUAAUGGUGUUCCCCGAGGGACUUCCCGGAGGUUCGGCGGGUUUAGCCCUAACCAUGGCUAUCGGGAUGACUAACUCGACGCAGUGGGGGGUCCGGCAGUCGGCCGAAGUCGAGAACCAAAUGACUUCCGUCGAGCGGAUCGUCGAAUACAGUCGACUCGAA